AUGUCCAAAAUUCUGGCAUGUCUUUUCUUGGCGAUUUUGGGAAUGGUUUAUUCACAACCGCUUUUCGGGCUCGAGAAACAGCUACUGUAUUCGUUUCAGGACCCAGAUGAGGUAAUUUUGGGCGCGAAAAGUAGUAUAGUAUUAUAUAUUUGAUCUACAGUACUCGUUUCAUUGCGGGACCCAUUUUUUGAAACAUUUUUUUCAUCUACAGUACUUUUUGUAGUUCAAAAAAUAUGUGCACCUUGUGAGAUAUCAUUUUGAUCCAAAUUUCAAGCUAAAGACAACUACAGUACCCUUUUUCCAUCUACAGUACCUCUGGUAGCUCGAAAAUAGCUUCAAGAAAAAUGUUUUUGAAAAUUUUCAAAACCAAUUUUCUCUGAGCUUGUGAGAUAUCAUUUUGAUCCAAAUUUCAAGACGAAUAAAGCUACAAUAUCCUACAGUACCCAAUUUCUAUUUUCCAGUUCGAAAUCAUCAACAAACGCUCUCCAUUGCUCAGUUUAGUGGGCUCCAACAUGCGAUUCACCGAACCAUUCCGCCAACGAAUUCAGCUCAAUAAAAAGAAGAUUCGAUCGGUCAAAGUUGACGGUAGGUUGGGUUACUGUAGAUUUUGUUGAGUUACUAUAAAUAGGGAUGAAAAUAGAGAAAAGAAGAGGGGGAUGUUCAAAAAUUCAUGAUUUUUCUGACAUUUGAACUUUUGUUUUGGUCUUUUUUGUUGUUGCGAAGAUGACGCGCGAAUAAACAAAUAUUUUUGGUGCUAGAAUACAAUUUGGAGCACGCGACGAGGGUUCGCGUCUAGAGAUGUGUAGUAGCUGUCAAGGGAUGACGCCUAGAGACAUCUAGUAGAUGGUAAGGGUUGGCUGCUUGACCAGUGGGCUGUUAAGGGCUCGGCCUAGAGACACAUUAAAGCUCUCAAGACAUACCUGCUUGACAAAGCGAUUGUCAAGACUUUACGCCUAGAGACCCUCUAGUUGCUCUCAAGGGUUGGCUGCUUGAAAAUUGUGCUUUCAAGGACUCGUGCCUAGAGACCUCUAGAAGCUCACAAGGGUUGGCUGCUUGAAAAUUGUGCCUUUAAGGACCCGAGCCUAGUCAAACUCCAAAUGUUUUCUUGCAGAUCCAAUCCUUCUCCCGUGCUCCAAAAACGAAUGUCCACAACUCUACCAAUAA